UUCUAUGAUUGUAUCUAGUAUUAUUAUUCUUCUAAAAAUUCAACUUACUAAUUUCUUUCUUAUAGAAAUGAAUUAAUAUAAUUGCGCUCGACAAUAAUAUUACAUAAUGAGAAAUGUUUUAGCCUCGUAGAGAUUCUACAAAAAUAAAUUUAUAAAAUGAUAUAGAUUGAUGUGAUAUGUUAUAUUGUAAAAUUACUUUUAUAUAAAGUAGAUCUAACGUAUUAUAUGAAAUCGUGUUAUAAAUUUAAUUUUAUAAGAUCUAUGUACGACUGUAGGACUUCACUUACGGAAGCAUUACGUACCAUUAUGCGACAAGCAGAAUAUACCCAAGUAAAAAUAGAGGAGUAAAAAGGAGAACUUGGAAAACUACCGGCGCACAAAACUGCAUGCAUUGCUAACCAAUAUCACUCGUCUAGGCGCGCGGUGGUCAAUCCUCUCCAAUUACUCAAUAAUAAUCAAUUCCACUUCCUUUAAUGACCCUAAUGCCCUUCUUGCUGUUAUACCAAAUCUCAUAUAUUUCUUGGCUAAAACUGUAGUACAUAUUAUAUAUAUAUAUAUAUAUAUAUAUAUAUAGGUUUCUUCUACGCUCAGUAAUAUAUCUGGGGCUAUAAAUUAAAUAAUUUUCUUAGUUGUUUUGGUAAGACUCUUAUAUCACUGCGAUCUCUUCUUGUUUAAAUACGAUUGAUUAUACUUUAUUCGUAUUUUAAAUACAGAGGCAUCUGGAUCUAUUCUAAUGUACUAGAGCUAGCUAGCACCUCCUUUACUCCUAUAAAUACAUAGAUUAAGCUCAUUUCUCUUCAGCAACAAGCUGCUUGUCGGCCUGCAACAUUUUUCCUCCAUCCCCACUUCCUCUUUCUGAGAAAACAUAAGCAUCUUUCCUUUCUUGGCCGGUCGUUUCUGUCUACAUAUGGGGGGUUCUUCACCAUGUGCUUCAUGCAAGUUGUUGAGACGCCGCUGCGCCAAGGACUGCAUCUUUGCUCCUUACUUCCCUUCUGAUGACCCUCACAAGUUUGCCAUUGUUCACAAGGUUUUUGGUGCUAGCAAUGUCAGCAAAAUGUUACAGGAGCUCCCAAUUCAUCAGAGGGGAGAUGCAGUGAGCAGUUUAGUUUAUGAAGCAAAUGCAAGAGUAAGAGACCCUGUUUACGGGUGUGCGGGGGCUAUAUCUUACCUACAGAAUGAAGUAUCAAAGUUGGAAAUGCAGCUUGCAGUGGCUCAAGCAGAGAUACUUUGCAUCCAGAUGCAGCAACGGCCAAAUUACUUACCAACAAACCAUAUAGACGUCCAAGCUGGCGAGAAGUCGCAUCUUUUAUCCGCCGACUUCAAUAACAAUAUGUCCCAAUACCUUGGCUUUCCUUCUUCUAGCAAUGUAAUUCAAGACCCUCUUAAGAGAGAGUCUCUUUGGACUUAACUCCUGAUCCUCAUCAUCACCUUUUUAUGAAAUGCCAAACCCUUCCUUCCAUUCAUGUUUCUUUUGUCUUCUCUCUGAUCUCUCCCCGGUCUAUCUCUGCUUGUUUAUUGCGCAUGGAUUUCUUUUCUUUUCUUUUUUUGUUUCUAUAUGUAUAUCAUCAUGUAAGACAAAGGGAGAAAGAACAAGGGA